AUGUAAUUAAAUUAGCCACUCAUCUAAUUUUCUAAACAUUCAUUUCCUAUUUAGGUCGUUUAUAAAGGACAUUUUAAUAAGCAUUUAUUAGCGAAAUAGAAAUAUCCUGAUUUACAUGUAUUACAGAAUUUUGGUUGCAUAUAUGGGCAGGUCAAGCAAUUAUUUUCACACGAACUUAGAUUCGUUGUUAUUUGUUAUUCUACUAUCUCUAAAUUUGAUAGGCACCAUCCUCUAAGAGGUUUUACUAUUGUGAAUUAACCUGCAAAUUAUAUUUCAGUGACUUCAUAAUUUAAAAACAUCUCAAAAUAAAUGUCGCUUUAAAAACAAUUCUCAGAAUCUUCAAAAUGAC